AAGUAGAUCGAAGAUGUCCGCGGCAGACGACGUUGUAGAUUCCAAGUCCUGUUGCCCCAAAGUCACAACUCAUAAAAUCGCUUUAUACAUAGGUCUCGGAUUUCUACAGUUGCUAUGUUACGCCUUGCCGUAUUUCCUAGCAAUAUGGCACGUGGUAGACAAAUUCAAGGAGGAAACGAUCCCUCAGAAUGUAUCGCACGAGCGAGACCAUUUUCUCCACGGUCUGGACGUAACAGCCGGGUUUUUCUGGAAUAUCAUGAUAGCAAUCUUCGUCGGCCUGGUUACUGUGGCCCUGAUUGUUUACUUCGCCAUUAAGGUGUCCUGGCCGCAUGCAAGAGAAUGGUGGCGCCCUUCCAUAGCUGUGUACGUUAUAUUUUGCUUACUUCCGGUCAUGACUUUGUUUGGGGUUACUUACAAGGUUUAUGCGCCAAAAAUCCCUUGUUCAGUAGUAAAGACGCACCCUGAGACAUCUACUGGUAAUUCUACUGAUAAUUGCUCAACUGUACUUGGAGAAUCGACAUCUUCACUCCAAGCGGCCAAGUUCGACAGUUUUGACGAAUGGAGCAUGUUCAUCCUCCAAGUAACAUUGAUAUGUCUGAUUAUCAACGAAUGGUUUGCCAAAUUUCAAGAGGUAAAGAAAGGCUCAGAAAUCGAAGACGUGUAUCCCAUUAUCAAACAAUGCGGAUCAGAAUUCUUUCCACUGUACGAUAUAGCAACUUUCCAAGGAUUACUACUUCAAAGAGACGUAUUUGCUAACAAUGCGUUAGUUGUGUCGAUCGUCGCAUUUACCUUGUUGAGCACACUGAAGUUUGUGCCAACUCCUCCAAAAGACGAGUUUGGCAAAAACAAGCUCAAAGCAGAGAGAAGUCGAACGUACAGUGCCUGCUACUACCUAAACCAAGUCCUUAUUCAGGAUAUUCCAUACUUACUGGUUCGUAUUUACAUUAUGGCGUCUUUACGCAAUGGAAGGACUCUGAACGAGCUGGUUUUUUCUUUUAAAAAUGCGUUUUAUAUUGCCUGGUAUUUGUUGUUGAUUGUGUUAUUAUUCAUCGCCGCUGAAAAGGCCGAAGACGAAAUGGAGAUACACGUUGUGGAGGUACAGAAAAAUGUCACUGACAUUAUGAGAGAAAACGUAAAAAGAUCACGAAAACAGCGUGCAUAUUUACAAGAUACUGAAGCAUCCCUACAAAAUCCAGUACAUGGAGAAAAACCUCGAAGGUCAAAGAACGGUAACCUUCACUCUCUGCUGUUAGACGAAACAGUUAAAGACGGACAGGAAAAGGUGCGCAAAAGCAGGAGAAAGAAGUCUGAAAAGUCCGGUCACCGAAAAAGAAAAGACGAGGGUACGGUGCUGGAUGAAAGCGCAGAGGCUAAAAGAAAAGAACACCGACGAAAAAAGAAGAAAGGCGUUUCACCGCGACCAAAAAUUUCGCCCGAGACCACAAAUGAGAAAGACGAGUCGAGUCAUGAUGCGAGAUUCAUCUUAUCACGUGAUCUACACCCAGUGUAA